CCAUGUCCUGUUGCUCAGCACCACUGAUGUCCCCACUUCUGAAAGUGCAACAGUGACCAGUGCAACAUUCCCAGCACCAAUGAAGAACUCUCCUUGUGAGCUCCGGAUGUCCUGGCUCAUCCAUGGAGUUUUAAGAGGAAAUGUAUCCCUGGUGCUGGUGGAGAACAAAACUGGGAAGGAACAAAGCCGAACAGUCUGGCAUGUUGCCACCAAUGAAGGUUUAAGCCUGUGGCAGUGGACAGUAUUGUCGCUCCUCGAUGUGACUGACAGGUUCUGGCUGCAGAUAGUAGCAUGGUGGGGUCCAGGAUCCAGGGCAACAGUGGCAUUUGACAACGUCUCCAUCAGCCUCGACUGCUACCUCACUAUCAGUGGGGAGGAUAAAAUGCCUUCGAAUGCAGCACCCAAAUCCAGAAAUCUGUUUGAGAAAAAUCCAAACAAGGAGCCAAAAUCCUGGGCAAACACAUCAGGACCAAUUCCCAUCUUUGACCCUACAGUUCACUGGCUGUUCACCACCUGUGGGGCCAGUGGACCCCACGGCCCCACACAAGCCCAGUGCAACAAUGCCUACCAGAACUCCAACUUGAGCGUGGUGGUGGGGAGCGAAGGGCCGUUGAGGGGAGUCCAGAUUUGGAAAGUGCCAGCUACUGACACCUACAGCAUCUCAGGCUAUGGAGCAGCUGGUGGAAAAGGUGGGAAGAACACUAUGAUGCGGUCCCACGGCGUGUCCGUCCUGGGCAUCUUCAACCUGGAGAAGGAUGACAUGCUGUACAUCCUUGUCGGCCAGCAAGGGGAAGAUGCUUGUCCCAGGGCAAACCAACUAAUCCAGAAAGUCUGUGUCGGCGAGAACAACGUGAUAGAAGAAGAGAUCCGAGUGAACAGAAGCGUGCAUGAGUGGGCAGGAGGAGGAGGUGGUGGGGGUGGUGCCACCUACGUGUUUAAGAUGAAAGAUGGAGUGCCUGUGCCCCUGAUCAUUGCAGCUGGUGGUGGUGGCAGGGCCUAUGGGGCCAAGACAGACACAUUCCACCCAGAGAGACUGGAGAAUAACUCCUCAGUUCUAGGGCUGAACGGCAAUUCCGGAGCCGCAGUCCCCACCAGCUCCUCAGAGAGGCUCUCAUUUCUCCCGCAGGUGGUGGAGGCGGCUGGAAUGAUAACACUUCCUUGCUCUGGGCCGGAAAGUCUUUGCUGGAGGGCGCUGCUGGAGGACAUUCCUGCCCCCAGGCCAUGA